AGUUCCCGGAUGGAGUAUCGACGCCAUCUUUACGCCAGUGCUGCCGGUGGGUCUUCGGUUCAGCCGUAGUGUUGCUGAUCCACCAACAGGACUCAAGCCGAGGAGCAGCAGCCCGAUCCCGAGAAUCUUUCCCUUUUCCACCGGGACGCUAGGAGCAGCAGUCCCCCCCCCCUCCCUCCUUACACACCAUGACGGACCGAACGGACCUAGUUUACCAGGCGAAACUCGCCGAGCAAGCGGAGAGAUACGACGAAAUGGUGGAGUCGAUGAAGAACGUGGCCAGUAUGGACGUGGAGCUGUCGGUGGAGGAGAGGAACCUGCUGUCUGUAGCGUACAAGAACGUGAUCGGAGCCAGGAGAGCCUCCUGGAGGAUAAUCAGCAGCCUCGAACAGAAAGAAGAAAACAAAGGCGGAGAGGACAAACUAAAGAUGAUCCGAGAAUACAGGAAAACGGUUGAGAAAGAGCUGAAAUCAAUCUGCAACGACAUCCUGGAUGUACUGGACAAGCACCUCAUCUUAGCUGCAGUCACGGGAGAGUCUAAGGUUUUCUACUACAAAAUGAAGGGAGAUUACCACCGGUACCUGGCAGAGUUUGCCACAGGCAACGACAGGAAGGAGGCAGCAGAGAACAGUUUGGUUGCGUACAAAGCUGCUAGCGACAUCGCCAUGAUCGAACUCCCUCCAACGCACCCCAUUCGCCUGGGACUGGCCCUUAACUUUUCAGUUUUCUAUUAUGAAAUCCUCAACUCGCCAGACCGCGCCUGCGGCUUGGCCAAGGUGGCGUUUGACAACGCCAUUGCAGAACUGGACACGCUGAGCGAGGAGAGCUAUAAGGACUCAACACUUAUCAUGCAGUUGCUACGUGACAACUUGACACUAUGGACCUCAGACGUGCAGGGAGACGGUGAAGAACAGAACAAAGAAGUACUGCAAGAUGCGGGGGAAGAGAACCAGUGAGACCGAACAACACGAGACAAGCCCUCCUCCUACUACUACUCCUCUUCUUCUUCUUCCUCCUCCAUUAUUUCUCUCCUCCCAGCACUAGCUCCUUUCCCCAGCCACACUUCUCUGCUGGGUUUAUCCUGCAGCUCACUCUCUCCCGUUUCUUACCUUCUCCUUUUCGUAUGCACGUCCUCUCCCGGGUCUCCAUCUCCACUCCUCUCCGGGGUUUUACCUUUAUUUUUUUGCAAGCCCCCUGUACCCUUUAAGGUUCCUGUCCUCUCUUUUUACGUUUUUUAUUUUCGCUUUACUUUGCUGUGUCAUCUGUUGCCAAGUACGUUCAGCCUGUAUUUGUAACACACACAUAUGCAAGAGUUUAUUUAAAGAUGAUUCUUUGCUGUUUUUUCAGGUAUGUGUGUUUAUGAACAGUUUUCUUGUCCAUUGCUUUAGUCGGUUUAAAACAUUUCUGUUUUGCAAAUUACGGAGGUCGAGCAGUGAUGGGAGGUUCAAAAGGGAUGCAUUUAAAGCUUUUUAGGAAGAAACUAAGUGCCCUCUUUAUCUUUACUUUGUGGUUACCGAAACCUGCUCCGUCGACACAUCAUCUGCGUUCUUUUUUUUUUAUUAUUAAAAACCUACAAAAAGCAGAAUGUCCCCCCCCCGCCCCUCUCUCUCUCUUUCUCUCUCUCCGAGCUUAACUCUGACCUCUAUUCUCGUCCACUCUCGGACCAAGUAUUGUGCUGCGAGGCUGUAGAGCUUAAGCUAAUUGCAGAUAGUUAGGUAAUGGCUUUUUAGCAGACAAACCGUGCGCGUGUGUGUGUGCGCGGGAGGGGAAUGCUCAACACUCUUUGAUUGUAACGUAAUGCAGAUUUGCAUUGGCACUAUAUAAGUAAAAAAAAAAGAAAAAAAAAAAAAGGUUUGGGAAAAAGAGGCCUGCUGUAUCUUUACUCCCCUGAUUCUUUCAGGUUUUCCUCGUCUCAACUCUCCGUCUUCUCUCCGACUCCUCUCAUGUCCUCUCUUCCUUCUGUUCAGUAUGUGUAACGUGAAUCUGAUUUGUACUACUGGAUGUUCUCACCGGAGCCACGAGUACCAUCUGUAUUCUUACUGAAACACAGCAUGGAAUUAACAUUAAACUUCAAAUUGAGAAAUGUUAAA